GUCUGUCUGUCUGUCUGUCUGUCUGUGUCUGUGUGGGAGUCUGUCUGACCACAGGUAACACUCAGAUUACCCUGUCUGUACUGUUCUCUGCUGCAGACUGCCUGGACUAGGACCUGAGCAGUCCAGCCAGCCACAGAACUAAGAUUUCCCAGGGACACGAGGAGCAUGGCAUUUGGACUGUGCUGCUGAAGUGGAGUGUGGCGUUCGCUGGCCCAGAAGAGCAUCAUGGAUGAUGAACAAUGGGGCAGGAACCACAGCAAGCCACAGAAGCCCGGAGGCUCUUCUGACACCAGGCUUCUUUCAAACCCAAACCCGUUGAUGGGGGAUGUCGUGUCUGACUGGUCUCCUCUUCAUGAUGCUGCAAUCAAUGGGCGCCUGCUUUCUUUGAGGAACCUUAUUAAACAGGGGUGGUCUGUGAACCUCGUCACAGCUGAUCGUGUGUCUCCACUCCAUGAAGCAUGUCUCAGAGGUCAUAUGUCUUGUGCAAAUGUUUUAUUAAAUCACGGAGCUCGGGUGGAUGGCAUGACUAUAGACUGGAGAACUCCUUUGUUCAAUGCUUGUGUCAGUGGCAGCCAGGACUGUGUCAAACUGCUUCUGCAACAUGGAGCUAGUCCUCACCCUGGGAGCGAUCUGGCAUCCCCCAUCCAUGAAGCUGCUAAGAGAGGUCAUGUGCAGUGCAUCGAGUCCCUUGUAGCUCAUGGAGGCAACAUUGACCAUAACAUACAACACCUGGGCACUCCCUUGUAUGUGGCUUGUAAAAACCAGCAGAUGUUCUGUGCCAAGAAGCUUCUUGAGUCAGGAGCAUGUGUGAACCAAGGCAAAGGUCUGGAUUCCCCUCUUCACAUAGUGGCCAGGAUGUCUAGUGAGGAGCUGGCCCACCUACUGAUCGAUUUUGGUGCAGACACCCAGGCCAAGAAUGCUGAAGGCAAAUGUCCUAUGGAGCUGAUACCUCCAGAGAGUCCUUUGGCCCAAGUUUUCCUACAGAGAGAAGGGCCCCCUUCUUUGAUGCAGCUAUGCCGCCUGAGAAUCCGGAAAUGCUUUGGAAUUUAUCAGCACCAUAAGAUAACUGAACUUGUCCUCCCAGAAGAUCUGAAACGCUUUCUCCUACACAUUUGAUUGUGUCCAGUGAGCGCAUUCUCAAACAUCAGGCAAAUGUUAUAAAUGUGGUGGCAAAUAAAUUUCAAAUGAAGUUGGGUUUAUAGAAUUUGGUUGUUGUUUGGUUAGACAAUAAAACAAAACAAAACAAGC